CCAAAGAUGGGUUUUGUCUACGGGUGAUUCGGGCUCUCGAAGUGCAACUUUGUGGCCGGGGCGCGGAUCAGCGGGCCUGGGCUCCUGCAGAGGGAGGAGCGGAUCCUGUCUGCGUCCUCCAGGAGAGGGUGGCAGGACUGGGGUUUCCCACAGGUUUUGGGGCGGCGGCAAGAUUGGCACCGUACGGGGUCGCAGGCGCACAGCGACGCCCCUGGAAGCCCGCCCCGGCCCCCGCCCCCAACCCGCCUCUUCGGGGCUUUGUGGUGUGAGGUUUGGGUCUGGGAUCCAUCUGGAGCCCAGCAGAAAACUUUUCCCUUCCCAUCCCCGGUCUCUUUUGUCUUUCUUGGACACGGUGGCGGCGCCGCCUGAGCGGCGACUCCCUCUCCCCUGCCCGGCUCGCUGCGCCUGGUGCCCUCCGAGGGCAGGCGCGCCUGCACUCUGCGCCCGGAUGGCGGAGGCCCUCUGUGAGCACCGGCAGCAGCGCGUCCCAUGCCCGGAGGCCGCCGGUGCCCCCCCAGCGCGGGCAUAGGGGCGCCCCCACCCUCCGCCCGCUUGCACCCCUUGCCGCCCGCCCCCUCGCCUGACUCAUCCGUCCGCGGUGGCCGCCCGAGCCCUGGGAUGGGGAGGGAGACCGCGGCUGCCCACGGCGGCCGAGAUUCCCGCUGACGCCCCCGACCCCGCCGCCUUCUUCGUCCGCCUCCAGAGGCGCCCGACGUCCCGACAGCUCCUGGAGUGAGACCAGGACUGCGAACCGGGAGAGGCGACCCGACCCCCAGGGCCCGGUGCUCAGGACAGCACACAGAGCCACUGAAAAGGACUGAAGAGAGCCAGGGUUUCCUGGGACACCUGGCUCUGGAGAAUAAAAGGCCAAGCUAUGAUAGCAACUGGUGGAGUGAUAACUGGCCUGGCCGCCUUGAAAAGGCAAGACUCUGCCAGAUCACAGCAGCAUGUCAACCUCAGCCCGUCUCCUGCUACCCAAGAGAAGAAACCCAUCAGGCGCCGGCCCCGGGCAGAUGUUGUGGUUGUUCGUGGCAAAAUCCGGCUUUAUUCCCCAUCUGGCUUUUUUCUUAUUUUAGGAGUGCUCAUCUCCAUUAUAGGAAUUGCCAUGGCCGUUCUUGGAUAUUGGCCCCAAAAAGAACAUUUUAUUGAUGCUGAAACAACACUGUCAACAAAUGAAACUCAGGUCAUUCGGAAUGAGGGCGGUGUGGUGGUUCGCUUCUUUGAGCAGCAUUUGCAUUCUGAUAAGAUGAAAAUGCUUGGCCCAUUCACCAUGGGGAUUGGCAUUUUCAUUUUCAUUUGUGCUAAUGCCAUUCUUCAUGAAAACCGUGACAAAGAGACCAAAAUCAUACACAUGAGGGAUAUCUAUUCCACAGUCAUUGACAUUCACACGCUAAGAAUCAAGGAGCAAAGGCAAAUGAAUGGCAUGUACACUGGUUUGAUGGGAGAAACAGAAGUAAAACAGAAUGGGAGCUCCUGUGCCUCGAGAUUGGCAGCAAAUACGAUCGCCUCUUUUUCAGGUUUUCGGAGCAGUUUUCGAAUGGACAGCUCCGUGGAGGAGGAUGAACUUAUGCUAAAUGAAAGUAAGAGUUCUGGGCAUCUUAUGCCCCCUUUGCUCUCUGACAGCUCUGCAUCUGUCUUUGGCCUCUAUCCACCUUCUUCCAAGACAACUGAUGAUAAGAACAGCGGUUCUAAGAAAUGUGAAACCAAGUCAAUUGUGUCAUCGUCCAUCAGUGCUUUUACAUUGCCUGUGAUCAAACUUAAUAACUGUGUUAUUGAUGAACCCAGUAUAGAUAACAUCACUGAAGAUGCUGACAACCUCAAAAGCAGGUCAAGGAAUUUGUCAAUGGAUUCCCUUGUGGCUCCUUUGGCUGACACCAGUGAAUCCUUCCAGCCCGUCAGCACAGUGCUACCAAGGAAUCAUUCCAUUGGGGAGUCUUUGUCGAGUCAAUACAAGUCAUCUAUGGCUCUCGGACCUGGGACUGGACAGCUCUUGUCUCCUGGGGCUGCCAGAAGACAGUUUGGGUCCAAUACAUCGUUGCAUUUGCUCUCAUCACACUCAAAGUCCUUAGACUUAGACCGGGGUCCCUCCACUCUGACUGUUCAGGCAGAACAACGGAAACAUCCAAGUUGGCCUAGGUUGGAUCGGAACAACAGCAAGGGAUAUAUGAAACUAGAGAACAAAGAGGACCCGAUGGAUAGGUUGCUUGUGCCCCAAGUUGCCAUCAAAAAAGACUUUACCAAUAAGGAGAAGCUUCUUAUGAUUUCAAGAUCUCACAAUAAUUUGAGUUUUGAACAUGAUGAGUUUUUGAGUAACAACCUAAAGCGGGGAACUUCUGAAACAAGGUUUUAAUGUUAAAAGAAUAUAUCAUUUUACAAGGGUAUAUAUUUUAAAAUGAUUUUCACUGGUGUUUCCUUCUUAAAGCACUGGCUAUAAGCCUUUUUAAUCAAAUGGUUUGUAGUGUAUUAGAAUUGGCUGCUUAGUUCUGUAAUGAAGAUGGUUGUAUGUUUGGGUUACUUGUGACUGCAGUACUCUAUGUUAUCACAUAUGAUUUUAUUUUUCUCUUCCUUUGAAAGCAUGAUCUCUUUUAUUAAUAUGAAUGCAAAACAGUUGCAUCCAAAUUAAAGCUUAUUUUCUUUACUUUUAAGUUCUUUGAUUGCCCUAUUCAUAAAAUGAAGUGUCCAGUAUGGAAAACAGAGGGUACCAAAGCGUGGACCAGGAGUAUAAAUUCAGUCCCAAUACUCAAUACAUAUUAUAGAAGACUAUGAGUGCAAACCUUAGGAUGUGAUUUUCUGAAUAAUUGUUCUUUGUAGGAUUUGGUUAAAUUAUUUGAAAUGAAGAAGAUCUAGUUUCAGUGUGAGCUCAAUAAUGUUAAUUGGUUAACUUCAUUGUGAAUCUUGAGUUUUAGAUAGGUAGUAUUAUUUUCAAUAUCACUUCUGUUUUUAGUGAUAUUGUAUCAAGAAACAACAUAUUCAAGAGCCAUGGCUGACAGUGCCACAUAUACUUAGGGAUAAACAUCAAAAUGCAAUAUAGUAGAUAUAACUUUAGAUAUUCAGAAUCAAAAUUUAUUUGCAAGCUGACUUGAUAAAAUAAAUGAACCAAUAUAAUUGGUAGAAAUGCUAUCCUGAAGUAAUUAUAUACAUGAAGACAAUUUGACUAAUGAAUGAAGAUACAUUAUAUACUAGUUAAUGCUAACUAGUCUCAGUACUUUUUUUUAGCCAUCUGUUACCUUCCAAUAGCCCCUCAUUCCCACAUUCUAUUUUCCCCCAAUAUGCUUUAGAUCCUGGUAUUUGGAAAACAAUCAGCUAACCUUGACAUUUCUUUUUACCUUCACAUGCCACUAGCUUGGUAGUUCAAAAAAAAUUUAGUUCUUGAUAAAUUGCCUUGAAGUUUACCUUGUGCUGGAAAGCCUUAUGAUAACUCCAAAGACUUUCUCAUGGUAUAAUACAUGUUGUUUAGGAUUGUGUUUCUUAGUUACUGAAGAUAAUAAAUAUUAAAAUGGAUGUUUUCCUCAGAAAAUUUUCAUGUUUUCCUUUAAGGUAACAUACUUGUAAGAAUUGUUUAAUAAAAUACUCAGGAAAUUCUAAAGGUUUCUCCCAAUACCUAAACAUUUCUGAACAUCAGUAUUGCAGUUGUGGAAGAGCAGAAGGAGGAUACAUUUGUUUGUGUUGCUCCCCAAAAUUCCACCUUGCAUUUGCAUCACAAACGUCCCUCAAUUGAGGCAGUUUUAUUUGUUAGAACAUUAAGCCUGUGUAUUAUAAUAGAGUGGGCUCAAUAUUUUACUAUAAAGCAUUUAAUAAACUUCUGUUAUUAAUAGAAGUUUGUGUUCUUCACACCUUUGCUAUUGCUUUUUAAAUAAAAUGUACAUUUCUGCUUAAA